AUGAACGUCUCUAACAAUGACCUCCUCAUCAGCUUUGAUGUUGAGUCAUUGUUCACAAGUGUACCAGUCAAGGAUGCUUGCGCCAUCAUCCUUGAGAGAUUGAAAUUUGACAGAACUCUCCCUGACAGGACUCAGCUGUCUCCUCUAGAGAUCCAUGACCUGCUUGAGAUGUGCCUCAAUUCCACCUCUUUCAGAUGGAGAGACACAUUCUACAGGCAAACGGAAGGGGCUGCCAUGGGGUCUCCCCUGUCCCCAGUGGUAGCCAACAUGUUCAUGGAACAUUUCGAGGAGACGGCUCUCCAGUCAGCAACCCACAAACCCAAAGUGUGGCUUAGAUAUGUGGACGACACUUUUGUGGUUUGGCAACACGGUGCUGAGGAAACUAGCAAUUUCUUACAGCACCUCAACUCUCAACACGAGUGUAUCAAGUUCACCAUGGAAAUGGAGAAUGAGGGGUCUAUCCCCUUUCUUGAUACAAAGAUUACGAGGACGGCACAGGGAUCCCUAUCCCAUCAGGUUUAUCGGAAACCUACUCACACUGAUCGGUACUUGAACUAUCGUUCAUUCCACCACCCAUCAGUGCUGAGAUCCAACAACAAGACGUUAGUCAAACGAGCGCAUGAGGUUAGUGACCAGAUCCACCUGAGAGGACAACCCAAGGCGAGAGUCGUUCUUCCAUAUCUGGGAGCAGCCUCUCACAAAAUUCAGAGGAUUUUGAGAGAAGCCGACAUUGAGGUUCGUCAUAGUUCCUCAAAUAAGCUUCAAUCUGCCCUCACUACCCAUAAGGACAAGCGCAACUCCAAGGACCUCCCUGGAGUUUACCGAAUUCCUUGUGAAUGCGGUAAAGUUUACAUCGGUGAGACGGGUCGUUCCUUCAACACUCGGAUUAAGGAACACAAGGCCCAUGGUAGGAGAGACGAGAGGGAAAAAUCUGCAAUCAUCGAUCAUGCCCAUACGCAUGAUCACCGGAUUCUCUGGGAUGAGAGUAGACUGGUCACCCGUGUCCCCUACUGGUAUCAGCGGAGAGUCAGAGAAGCGUUGGAGAUUGAGGAACAUAACACUGUUCCUCAAGACAGCGGCCUCCAACUCAGCAAUAUCUGGCUUACCGUUCUAGACAAAGAGGCUAAUUUGCCUAAUUAG